AUGUGUCAACAAGCUCUUCGACGUCAUCUUCCAUUCACUUUUCCAUUAGAUGCAGAAAUUGAUCAAGAGUUCAAUCCUUCUAAAGAAGCUCAACAAACUGCUACAGGAGAUGUUCCCGAUCCCACAAAUGUUUUGGAUGAUCCUCCUAUGAAAUGUACAAGUGAAGAAGCUCAUAAGCCUCCCUAUGAAAAAGAUCUCUCAGAUAAUGUCAUGUUCAGAGAUGACAAUAUAAAUGUUGAUGCCAUUUCGAUUCCAAGUACUUUCAAUAUGUUGCAUAAGCCUUCUUCUUCGAAACUAUUUUAUGAUUUCGGCCUUUCCUCAUCCUCCGAGGAAUAG